AUGCCAGAACUCACCGGACAGAUACUGGCGGCAGUGGGCAUUUGCUUCACUGCCGCCACUUUGGCAAUGAUAGGGCGUGUCAUCGCAAGAAAGAUGACCAAGGUGGCAUGGUGGUAUGAAGAUUACUUUUGCAUUGUGUCAUAUGUGAGCGUCAUUGCCUACAAUAGUGUUGUCAUAUACUGGGCAUCGGAUUGGUAUCUCGGCAAAACGAUACCAAGUACUGUUACCGCAGAAGCGAAAGCUCACAUCCUCGAAAUGUCGCGGAAGCUCUCUUUCGCCGGCUCGCACUCGUACGGCAUAUCGCUUGGUUUCUCGAAGCUCACCGUACUGUCCUUAUAUUGGCGCAUCUUCAAACACUCGGCCAUCCGAAUACCCAUAAUUAUUAUGAUGACGAUUUCGGCGGCAUGGAUCUGUUUACGUAUCUUCAUGAUAACAUUUCGUUGUUGGCCAGUCGCAGCAUAUUGGGAUAAGAACAUACCUGGUGGCGCGUGCAAGAUCCCAGACUCUGCUGUCUUCUUCGGCACCGUACUCCCACACUUCGUAAUGGAUAUUGUGAUCCUCAUUCUCCCUGUCGUUGAAGUAUUCAAGCUUCGUCUUAGGAUGGGCCAGAAGUUUGGUGUUGCCGCCUUGUUUGUCUUGGGCGCUAUCGUGUGUAUCGCAUCAGUAUUUGUCCUAUACUACUCUCUCGUAGCCGAUCUAAACAGCGAUCAGCUCCCACGCGAUUACUAUAGCUACAACUUCCUCUGGGGCGCAGUUGAGAGCAACAUAGCAGUUGUUUCGUCCUGUCUUCCGCUCUUGCGACCUCUCUUCCGCCUCAUAGCCGGCUCCAACGCUAUGGCCAGCUACAGCGGGCAGCCUUUCAGUUACGGUACUCAUGGCCACGAGCUGACGGCGAUGUCAAGGUCAAAACGCGAGAAGGAGCCCGAUGCGACUAGCUCUACUCAUCAACUCGCCGACGAGGAGAGCAUCCCAGACAGCUCUGAUCUGGAUCCGAAUGUGGCAAGGAACCCUGAUCGUAUUCACACAACUAUUAAGGGCCAGAGUGCUGGGUCGGGUUGGAGUUCUCAUACUAAGCAAGACCGCAGCAUUCAUGUCCGGAAUGACGUUAUUGUGGAAGUACGAAAUGUAGAUCAAGGAAAUCAAGCCGUAGACCGGCAGAAGUAA